AUGGUUAUAAUACUGACCUCACAGAUGAAGGUAGCGUUGCCCUUUGAUAGUGGAAAAAAUAAACUUAAUUUUAUUCCGACUAGCAUUGGUCGGGAAAAGAUUAUGAAACAUAAAAUAGCCUGCGGCUUUAAAAUCAGCCCUGGGAUAUCCUCAGUAUCACCAAUAUCAGAAAGCCAAAUGAAGGAGCCUCUGGAGUCUACACAGUGGAAACUUACUAAUGGGAAACCCGCAGAGAUUUAUAGUGUGGAGCCAUCUAGUGGAAGACUGUUAAAGGAUGGACUUAUUUUCCGGCAAAACUUUACAGUCAGAUCGUCUGAAUUAGGAAGUGAUUUCAAGUUAUCCAUUGAGGCUGUGAUGAAUUAUUUGCAGGACACAUCACUCAACCAUCUCGAGAGCGCAGGAAUAGUGAUUGAUGGCUUUGGCUCAACAUUAGAGAUGACUGAAAAGGAUCUCAUAUGGGUAGCUUGUUGGUCGCAUAUGGAAGUUGAUCACUAUCCUUCAUGGGGUGAUGUUGUUCAAGUAGAUGGUUGGAAGUAUAGGUCAGGGAGGAAAGGUCUUCGUCGAGAUUGGCUCAUCCAAGACUUGAAGACUGGCAAAACUCUGAUACGGGCAACUAGUUUAUUUGCAAUGAUGAAUAAAAAAACAAGGAAAUUUGCUAAGACGAGCGAGGAAGUCACGGGAGGAAUGAACACUAUUUUAAUGCACAAUUGUGACCCUCUCGUCAACAGGGAUGGAAGAAAACUUCUGCAGCUUGAUGCUGAUAAAGCUGAUUACAUUCGCACAGGUUUAAAUCCUGGAUGGACGAACAUGGAUGUGAAUCAACAUGUGAGUCAUGUCAAGUUGGUUAACUAUGUUCUAGAGGGCGCUCCUGGCUCAGUUGUGGACAGUUAUGAGCUUUGCGCAAUGACUUUGGAGUAUAGGAAGGAGUGCAGUGUGGACAGGGUGCUGCAGUCUAUUUCCAAGUUGAGUCGCAAUCACUUGAUUGGUAACCAAGAGAUUGAGUUGGAUCAUUCGCUCAGCCUUGAGGGUGGACCUGAAGUAGUUAGAGGAAGAACAAGUGGCGAUGGGUUUCUAUGUUCCAUCCUUGAUGAAGAAAUCAUGAGAAAUCAUGGGAGAAAUUAUCAACAGAGGAUCCGUCUUCGCCUCGAUGAAUCAUUGACCUACCUCUGGUUGGUUGACGUUUCAUCAUUGUUCAAGAGAGGGAGAAACACUGGUAUGGAGGUUGUCUUACUCUGA